CAGCCAAAUUUGAUCAGGGAAACAAUUUUGUUCGACAAUCUUUAAGGAAUUUUCCAUUCAGAGAAAAGCAGCAUGCCAAAGCGAACAAUCCUGUCUGGGAUACGAAGAAGCUCACAAUCACAGCACCAUUCUGUACCGGUAUUAGCUCAAUAGCCUCGCAUAGCACUUUCGUUUGACGCGAAAGCCCAGUCCUUUAUAAAUGAAAACCAGAUUCCGCCACAAAGUCUACCUUCCCCCACAAAACCAGCCUCGUCGUGGUCUCAUCAAGUCUGAACUGAUCAAGACAUUGCUAAAAGAUGAACCAAAAGCUGUACAUCAUCCUGAUUCGCCUCCUCGCAGUAGCGGGCUUUGCCACGUCCAUCUUUGCGUGCUUCUUCCCUAGUCACUCCAUUACAGUCAAUGAACGACCUUGGGUAGAAAACUUGUUUGACAUCAGCUGUGACGCGCUUACUGGGGAGAAUCGUGAUCAUUGUGAAACUUCCUACAACACUCGCCAUUACACACUGUGGCACUCUUCUGGCAAUUUCUUUUCCAUUCAAGACUGGGAUGGUGGCGUUCUGUGUGGAUCCAGAGAUGAGUUUGAGUUGCCAUCAGAGACCAACCCUGACAUCACAGUCCUUACUGUGGAGAACCUGGGGAAAUGUAGCAAUACCGACGCUGCUGUGGCCAUGGCAUUCACCAUCCUGACCUGCUGUUUUGCUGCAUUCGUUGCCAUUUACAUCACUGUAUUAGCACAUCAUCAUGAUGCCAUGCUUCAAGUGCUUCUUGCCGUUGCCACUGUGUGCUCAGUCAAUGCCAUUGCCAUCUACUGCUUGGAGAUAAAUCCACUCCGGCUUAAGUCAACAUUUUGCGACAGUCAGACUCUAUUCGAGCACUGCGAGGAAAAGAUUGGAGAAGGCUUCUGGUGUCAGGUGGCAACUGCUUCCAUUUCCUUUCUUGCCCUUGCGUUGACAGUACUAAGGCAAUGUGUUGGAGUGUCAUCAUCGGAAAGAGAUGGAGCCCAUCAUGGUGUUCCCUUCUACAAAUCCCUGCACUUCUAUGUCCAACUGGUGCGCUUUUCAGAACUGGCGGUUUUGAUGAUUGGUGUGGUUUCAACCUGGACUAUUGUCCGAACAACCCUACCGGAUACAACAAACACAACAACAAGCAAUGAUAAUCUGCUCAGCCAUGCAUUUGCUGGCAAAGGAGGGAAAAUGGAGACAGACAUCAACUUGUGGCAGGGGCUCUUCUGUCAUCCCUUUGGGGCAAGACUUUUCUUGUGGUCAGUGGUCUUGAAUAAUGCAGAAGAAGGCAAUGGUGGUGAAGACUCAGAGCUGGAAACAUUUGGCCAUUGUGACUCCAAAGCUAUUUUUCAUGUUCAGCUUGGAAUGAUCAUGGCAACAGUGUCCGCCAUCACUGCCAUGACCUUCCAAAAAGAUGCCAAAAGUAUGCCACUGGCCUACCUUGUUGGAUUUAUCAUGCAUUUCAUGUCUAUGGUCAAGCUCAUAUGGUCCAUCACAGAGUUCAUGUUGGAUGUUUACCCAGGACGAAGCCGCAUUGAUCCAUCUUACUGCUCUCGGUGGACUUCCUUUGUUCCCACAGGGGGGACUUGUGACAUUGACAUUGGGCCAGGCUUGUGGUUAGCAGGAGGGGCACUGGCUGCUGUGGCGAUAAGUUUUCUUGGAGAAGUCACGCUGCAAAGGAACACUGAUUACAGUGUAGUAACGGCAUGUAAAACUUUGCUGGGAAGGGUCCGCCAAGGGAGAUUCACUGAUCUUGUCAAAGAAGCAAGCGAGCAUUCCCUUCACAUGGAUGACACUUUUAACGAGAUCACCCAGAAUGGCCAAGAGAGCACCCUGAAUGACAACGAAGUUGCAACCAGCGGGGAAAAGAUUGAUUGUUGAAUGGCCCCACCACGUCCUCAAGCAUGAUUGAGCUCGAGAUGUGUGCGUAGCUUUUUAAUACAUGAAAUAGUUAGUUGCGAAUUGUGAAUCC